UCGCCUCCCAAUUCCAGCUGCCAAAGGCGACCGACCCCGGCGACGCUCGAUCCGGUGAGCCUGGAGCGCUCUCCUCGCCGCCGGCGCCGCGGCGCUGGUCGUCGUCACGGCCGUCUUCCUCCUUCCUGGCCCCGCCUCCCGCCUCCCGUGUGCGCGCGCUCCUCCCCCUCUCUCCCACCCCCUGGCUGCCGACCUCGCCCGCCCCUUCGCCGCCGCCAUGGCCGUCCGUGCCGUCCGCGUUCUCCAUGUCGACAGCUACGACUCCCCCGCGCAAGAGCAGACGCACAAGAGCCCUUUAUCCUCCUAAACAUGCACAAACUCCUCCUGAACAGCGUGCGCCGCCGCUGAUCUGUGCUCUCCUGUCCACGCCGCCGAUUUGUCCUCUUCGGCUUCCUUCCAGCUCCAUGUGCUCCUUCCUCUCACCACCGCCCCAAUCCUCCCCGGCGCCACACCCAGCCUCCUCCACGUCUAUCUCCUGGCGCUGGCGGAUGUGUUCAAUUUGGAGGGAAUUCAGUGCCAUGUUCGUGCAGAAGAAAUACUCCAACACGAUAGCCAUGGAUGGCCCAUCUGGAUUUCACAAAUUCUUUGGUGCCAUAGAAAGAAAGCCUCCACCGGAUUAGAUCACAAGUUCUAAAGACGAACAACUCAAUGUCGCGUCCACCAACUUCGCCUGAAGACCAUCCACCGUUGUCACCAUCGACUUUGCCGCAAGACCAUCCACAAUCUCCUCCGCCGACUUUGUCGGAAGACCAUCAAUCGUCGCCUAGACCUACUUCGUCGCAGUGCUUCUUGCUGUACAAGACCACAUCUGGUUUCCACCAAGAAGCUGGAUCAGCGACAUUGGACUCUGCAAUCGACAUGGCGCUGCGUUCAGGAAACCAUGUUCAGACAGAUGCAGUCAGAUGGAGAUAGCACUUGGAAAUGCUGGGAAGAUUGGGCAGGAAGUUGCUUUUCAGCCAUUUAAAGGGAUGGAAUUCGACUCAGAGAAGGAUGCAUUCGAAUUUUUCAAUGCAUAUUUUUGGGAAAUUGGAUUUGGUAUCAAGCAUGGCAAUAAGUACAUCAACAAGCACGGAUUCAAGACAAAGCAGGACCUUUUGUGCUCAUGCGAGGUAAGUAAGUACAGUAAACGCAUAUGAUUAGGCAAUAAUAAUAUUCUUGUUCUGACUCUGAGUUUUGCAUUUAGGGAACUCACAAAAAAUUCAACUCUAGGUCUAGCAGAACAAACUGCCCUGCUAUGGUUAGGUUGCUUUGCACCGACGACGACGGAUGGUACUAUGCAGAGGUGGUAUUAGAACACAACCACGAGUUGGCAGACAGUGUAGGUGAAAGAAAGUUAUGGAAGUGCCACAAGUACGUCAACGCAUCUAUGAAGGACAAUGUUAGGCACUUGCGUUCUAACAAUGUUUCACUGACCAAGGUAUAUGGGGUUAUGGCCGACAUUCAUUGUCAGAGUAAAUGACCACGGGUAGCCUAGCCGGCUUCCCCUGGCACUUCAGAGAAAUUACAGGCCGAACAAGCCUCCAAGCUUCCAAGACAUGGGGCCGUCUUCCCCCAGCCGGCUACCUCUCAAACCGGCUGCGCAAGGGCAGCCCAACCCUGAAAUCCUUGGAAAACAAGAUCACGAGAAGGCCGACUUCCAGAAGCCGGCCAUAAAAGGGCCGACUCUCUAGAGCCGGCCCCUCAGCAGGCGGCUAAGAUCUCCCCCUCAGAGUCCGCACCCACAUAACAGCGACAAGACUGGGCAUGGCUACAGUAAAACCUGCCACCCCCGAAUCCCGAUGCACGCAUGGCCACAGUGCACCGUACGGGGCGGCCAUCCCCGUCCGGCGCGACACUGUUGCCACGAUGACCGUGACGUCACCCAUGGCAAGGGGUCAGUACGAUCCGUGGGUGGCGGGCCCCUUCGGCCAGGGAGAUCCCGAGGGUGGCCCGACUUCCCACAGUCGGCCAAGGGUAUGGCCGGCUUCCAACAGCCGGACAGCUCUCUCCCUCCGAGGAGGUGCUUCAUUAAGGAGACAAGAGAAGGUAAGGCUAUAGUGAUGAGCCGCCUCGCGGCGGCACUGUAGCCAUGCUUACCACGACAAAGCCAUCAUCACCAGGGGCAAGGUAACAGUAACCAGCCCCCGACAAGACCCCCGAGCGGUGGGGCCGGCUUGUCGGCCAAAGGGUCCACAGCCGGCGGGCCUACCAGUCGGCGGGCCCCACCAGUCGGCGGAGAAGCCGACGGGCGUAGACACAGACGGCUGGGACCCACGCCUAGCUGGAUUAUCAUUGUACCCUUGGGGGGUAGGCCUAUAUAAACCCCCCAGGGUUCCCAUGCAGAGGGAGAUCACUCUUUGGAUAGAUUUUAGACACCACAAGGAGAAGAGGAGCAGGCUAGCCUGACCCUCCCUCAUCCUUUCACCGAACAGCUCAAGGAGCAUUCUGUAGCAACCCACCAAGCUAGUGAUCAUGCGGAGACCCCGCAGAGCAGCAUUAGGGGUGUUAUCUCCAUGGAGAGCCCUGAAGCGGGUAAGAUUCGCUGGCAUGCAUGUCUUCGUCUUAUCCCGUUUCCAGGCACCGGCGAUGUUUUAUUGGCUCCCACAAUGAUAAGCCAUCCAUUGGCAUAUGUCGCACCAACCACCCGACAUUUGGCGCCCACCGGUGGGCCAGGUGCACCGUCGUCCGAAGACCUGCUCUGGACGGGAACCCUCUUCCUUCCCAACAUGUGUAGCCAGCCUGGCUCGCCCGAUGGCGCUUGCACCGACGCGCUGCAAGACGUCGCCGACGCCUGCGCGGCGAGCUGCCUCGCCGAUCUUCUUGGCGAGGCUCGCAUCUCUGAUGAGCCUGCAUCCGACGCGGGCACAGACUGCCCCGAGAGCCACCUCGUCAGCCUCCUCGAUCAACUCCACGUCUCUGGCGAGCUUGCCGCGGACUUGGAGUCGGUUGGCUCCACCGACCCGAUGCUUGUUGACUCCGACACGGCAUCCCUUGACGCCUUUCCCACCAACGUGAUGGUCAUCAACGACCCUCUUCCUCAAGCCGACAGCAGCGGCAGCGCCAUUACCGAGGUACUAGUUAUCAGCCACGAUGCCUCCUCAGGCAGAAACGCCGACGACGCUCUGCAGGUGGCGCUGCACGACUUGUCUGUCCCUGUCCCGGCCGACGCGGACGCCAAGACAUUGGAGGCGCGCCGCCUCGCCCUCAUUGCGAGGGACAGAGGCUCGCCACCAUGAGACGCCUCACCGAGGCUCACCAGCGCGAGGUCGACCGAGCCACCUUCGGCACGCCGCCUCCCGACGGGCCGAGCCGCGUCGGUAUCGUCAAGAAACACGGUGCGGCUAUCGCCGACAUGCUGGGAGCAGACCGCCCAGUCUAUGCCACGCCUCUCGAGAACUUGCGCGCCACCCAGAUGGCCGCAGACGAGUUGAAUGGGCUAGGCCUGAUGAGCUCCCUUACAUGACCAGACGCAUCCAGCAACUUAUCAACACGGCCACAGAGCGACAUGAAGCUGGUGUCCGCGCCAAGAGUCCUCCCCCGCGCCGAGAGCACGACGCGAUAUCCCGAACGCCGACCGCGGGCAAUACCCGCGCGAGAAAAUAAAAGGAGACGGUUGCCAGCCGCAGCCGGACUCGAAUCUCCAUCGAGCGUGACGCCGAGGGCCGCCCUCGAGCCGUGGAGUGGCGGGGCAACCCUCCUCCUCCUCUGCCUCGUGGGGAGAGAUACCCUACCACGCCACUUGUCACGCACCCGACUCUCAGCGGCCGGCUGGGUCGCCGCGAAGGAGUCGGCGAGAAUGAUGCCCGCCAUCGGAUCGACCGCCUUGCGCGAUCCUUGGCCCUGGAAGAAGAAAAUGAUGUCGGCCCGUCUUGCUUCGGCCCCCGCAUCCGCGACGAGCCCUUCCCCAAAGGGUUCUCGCUCCCAAGAGACACGCCCAUGUACAACGGCCCCGUGAAGCCGGAAGAUUGGUUGAUCGACUACUCCACCGCGGUUAGCAUCGCAAACGGCAACAGGUGUGUUGCCGUAAAAUAUGUGCCCCUCAUGCUCCAAGGCACGACGCGCACCUGGCUUAACAGCCUCAAGCCUUACAGUGUCAACAGCUGGCUAGACUUCACUGAAGCCUUCAUACGCAACUUCACCAGCACCUACAAGCGGGCUCCUAAGCCCCGACAGCUCUCCUUGUGCGUCCAAGGGCCCAACGAAUCGACUCGCGACUAGCUCACGCGGUGGGCCGAGCUCCGCAAUUCCCGUGAGGGAGUGCACGAGGUCCAAGCUAUAGAGUACUUCACAGCCGGGUGCCGAGAAGGCACCCUCCUCAAGCACCGGCUCCUCUACGAGGAGCCGACUACGCUUGACGAGCUACUGGUCAUAGCUGAUAAAUACGCCACGGCUGAUUCCUCGAUGAAGACCGAGCUCCGAGUAGACGCCUCCGGGAAGGUGCUCGCUCUGAUUCCCAAGACGCCGGCUGGAGAAUCCAGCCGACGCCCGCACCAGAACGACCACAAGCGCAAGGCUCCCCUGCCGCCUUCCACCAAUCGGCAGGUGGCCACAGUCGAAGACGAACAACCUGAAGGACGGCCCACGCCCAAGAAGCAGAAGGGCGGCAGGCCGGCUUGGCAGCCGGCUUUCUCCUACGAGCAAGCACUUGAUGCCUCCUGCAAGUUUCACAGCGGCGCGAAGCCUUCAAACAACACGACCAGAAAAUGUCGUUGGCUCACUCGGAUCUCCAAGGGUGAGGGGAUGGCGCCGCCUCCGCCUGCUGGUCAGCCGCCUCCGGCUCCUCCGCAGCCGGCCGCUCGACCAGCGGUCGGGGCAGUUCAAGACGAGUACUCCGACGAGCAUGCCGCCUACGUCGUCUUCACCAGCCAGCCAGAAGAUCGGCGUAGCCGGCGCCGACAACACCAAGAAGUCAACGCAGUCGCCUCCAACAACCCAAAAUUCAUGCACUGGUCAGAAAGGUCUAUUAACUGGAGCCGGACAGAUCACCCAGAGGUGAUGCCGUCUCCCGGCUCCUACGCAUUGGUUCUGGACGCAACCCUCGCUACGAAAAGGCAAGCCGCCCGUUUCUCCCAUGUGCUGAUAGAUGGUGGGAGCAGCAUCAAUAUCCUAUACCGCGACACCAUGGAGAAGCUGAGCAUCAAGACAAAGCAGCUCGUGCCCAGUCGGACUGUGUUCCAUGGCAUCGUACCCGGCUUGUCCUGCUCCCCAAUCGGCAAGAUCAAGAUAGAUGUCCUCUUCGGGGACAAAGAUCAUUUCCGCCGAGAGGCGGUGUGGUUUGAAGUGAUGGAUCUAGAGAGCCCUUACCACGCGUUGCUUGGCCGACCUGC